AAUGCGGUUGAACGCCUGUGGAACGCACUUGUCGUUACUCUUUGGACAUUAGCUACACUAGGCGUAGCAGUUCAAGAUGUUUACGAAUUUAACAUAAAACAAUUGUACACAUGUUAUUUAAUUGGACCAUCGUGCAAAAUACUGAGGUACAAAAAUUGCACUUAUACCACAAACAAAUUGGGCGACAGCAACUUUUACUAUAGUGAGGAAGACUUCGAAUCGCCCAACGGUGCUAAUCUACUACACCUAAACAAACACCUUAGUUUGUGCCGUGACACGAAUUCUUCUUUUACGUGUGCCUACGGUAAGAAAAAAUCAGAACUAGAACUGUUUUGCAUGAAGAGAACUUUCCCGCCGUUUAUUGACGAGGCAUGGCCUACUACGCCAAAAUGGAGUUGGCCAUGGGAAAAUAAAGAACCUCAAAUUUCAUCCACCGAGAACCCAGACUAUGGUGAUUAUAGUAACCCUGAAACCGAUGGUGGAGGAGACUAUGGCGACCCUGACCCCGAUAAUGGAGAAGACUAUGGCGACCCUGAAACAGAUUAUGGAGGAGGCUUAUACCCUACCAACCCUGGCACCAAACCGAAACCGUCAAAACGUCCCCAUAACAAACCUAGUCUCGGUAACGGAGGCGGCUUAUUUCCUACCGACCCUAACAUCAAACCGAAACCGUCAAAAUAUCCCCACAUCAACCCAAGACCCGGUAAUGGAGGCGGAUUUUACCCUAUCGGCCCUGACACCAAACCGAAACCGUCAAAAUAUCCCCAGAUUAACCCUAGACCCGGUAAUGGAGGCGGCUUAUACCCUACCGACCCUGACACCAAACCGAAGCCGCCAAAAUAUCCCCAGAUCAACCCUAGACCCGGUAAUGGAGGCGGCUUGUACCCUACUGACCCUGAAGGCAACCCGAACCAAACUCCACCAGGGCCACAACCUUCACCACCAUUUGUUCCAGCGAAUAAUUGUCGUCCGUGCUUACCCGGAAUAGGUGACCCGGCAGACCGUGAGAUUUGGGUGGGAACGUUUGUUCGUUAUAAACCAGGCAUGAAUUUAGAUUUACAACAACAGUGUCAACCAAAUUUUAACUUUUACACCCCAACAUAA